AAACAAUUUCAAACCGUCAAGAGUCGUUACAGCGAAGUGUGUGCUGUGUUUGGCAAUCCGCAAAAAAAGCUAAGACUCUUGGCUGGAGGAAAAGUAAUUUUUAAUUUGGAUUAUUGUAAUCUUCAGUGACACAAGAAUUAAAUCGACAAUGGCGUUAAGAAAUCGGAUUGCCGUUACGAAUGCAAUUAAUCAAGAAAAUGUAAGAAAUGUAAAAUCAACAACUGCUACUUCAAUACAGACUAAAAGAGCUGCUUUGGGAGAAAUUGGCAAUAAAGUGAAUACUUUAAAAGGAGUCGAAGCAAAAGGUCAAUCGCUAUUAUUGUCAAAGGUGCAAAAGAAACCUAUUGUUAAUCAACAUCAGAAACUUGCUGACAAAGUAACAGAAAAGCCACGAGUGCAAAUUGUUAAACCAGUAUUGAAGAAUUUAACUUCUACAACAAACAAUGUCAUCUCGAAUCCUCCACAAAUCAAAAAGGAAGUGGAAUCAUUCUCGUCAGACUUGCUGGCUGUGGAGGACAUUGACGAGGAGGAUAAGGAAAAUCCCAUGUUGGUGUCUAUUUAUAGCAAUAACAUAUAUGCUUAUUUAAGAACGUUAGAGAAACAGUUUCCCGUGGAAAAGGAUUUCCUUGCGGGACAAGAAGUUUCUCCAAAAAUGAGAGGUGUACUUAUUGACUGGCUUGUUGAUGUACAUCAGCAAUUUCACCUUAUGCAAGAAACGCUUUAUUUGACUGUCGCAAUAAUUGAUCGGUUUCUGCAGUCGUACAGGUCGAUAGACCGGAAAAGACUUCAACUGGUAGGUGUUGCAGCAAUGUUUAUAGCGAGUAAAUACGAAGAAAUGUAUUCGCCUGAUAUAAGCGAUUUUGUAUAUAUAACGGACAAUGCUUACACGAAAGCUGAGAUACUGCAGAUGGAAAUCUUAAUUAUACGGACACUCGAUUACUCUUUAGGACGACCAUUGCCACUUCAUUUCCUCAGAAGAUACAGCAAAGCUGGAAAAGCCCUUCCUCUUCAUCACACGAUGGCAAAGUACUUUUUGGAGCAGUGUCUGGUCACAUACGAAAUGUGUCAUUAUCCACCGAGUCUUAUCGCAGCUGCAGCAAUGUAUCUUGCAUUUUUUGUCAUUGGUACUAACGAUGCGGAUGAAAAUAAAUCCAUCUGGACAAACACUUUAGUGCAUUAUAGCACCUACAACAAAGAAGACCUGAUACCUGUAGUACGAGCUAUAGCUGGGAUCAUUGUAAACGCUGAUAAAAGUAAAUAUCAAGCAGUUAGGAAGAAGUACACUUUGCUAAAACACAUGAGGAUUAGUCUGCGCUCGGAGCUCAAGUCGCCAACAAUAGCUGCACUGGGAUCUGUCAAGUUAGAAUAAAUAAUAUAAUUGACCUAAGAUUUGUAAGUAGAAAAAAAGGAAGGUGUGCAGUAAUUGUCGUUGAAACACUUUGUUCGUACAAUAUCAAAUAGGAACAGUAUCUUUGUCCACGAUACUCACAAGCGCCGUUUCAUUCAUGAGUGGCAUAUAGUGUAUCAACAUUAUACAAAACUAAUAUUCUGAAUAACGGAAGAUUAAUCUAUCAACUGAUAUUGAUCGUACAAAUUGAUUUUCGAGAUAAAUUUUUUUUUUUUCAAUUAAUCUGCGCAUAAACCGUAGAUAGCAAGAGAAAUUGGUAUGUUUAGGUUAUUUGUAUUCAAACAACUCGAUAUUUUGGCAAUGAAAGAAAAAGUAAAGCAACAAGUCGAAAUAUCAUCUCAGGUGAUACUGAUGACGUAAUAUUUUGUAUUAGAUUAUUAUAAGGAUUUCCUAUUGGCACACACGGAAGCCAUAGCGCACUAGAUUUUUAUAUUAGGUAUUUAAAAUAGUAAUAUAGCUUUUAUUCGUAGAUAAUUAUACAAAUAGUUUUUGUUUUUAUAUAAGCUCACUACAAAUAUUUUAACUUUGGUAAGCAUAACGCAUGGCACUUCCGAAAAAAAAAAAAAACUAUAUUGUAUGAAUUACAUUAUUUGAUACCUCUAUUUCCGUUAACCAUAUUGAUGGUGUAUUUUAAAUGGCGUCUACAUAUUUGAACAUAUAUAUAUAUAUAUCCAUCGCAAGAUAUAAAUUCCAUGGUUAAUUGUAAUUCAACGUCUAUAAAAAUAAAAUAGAGUCUCUGGACUUGCAUUAAGUUCGCAUAACAUCCAAGACUUUCUGACAAUUUAAAUUUGUCUAAAUUUAUGGAAAUAAUAAUGCUAGCCUGCUGUAUGUCUACUAGAAUCAUUAAAACGGACGUUGUGCUUUCAAAUAGUGGAAGUCACGUCACGAUGUGUAAACUGAUUCUAAAAUCUGACUUAUUUUCAUCCACUUGAAUAGUAUUCAAAUUUGUUAAUGUAUGAACGAUCUUAGCACAUAAGGUUUGGCUUAGAAUUAUAAUAU